CAGGGGUGUAACUGGGGCUUGCAGCCGAAUCGCAACCGUGUUUACUCAGGAGUAAGUACUACUGACCAACCUCGCUGUGCGCACGCAGGACUUCUAAAUCUGCUCUUUAAUUCGGAGACGGAGUAGUUAAAAGAGAUGGUGUGCAUCUUCCUUAACCGCGCCUCCCCUCCUGAAUGCUUCAUGCCUGCUGAUGUGAGGGAUCACAGCCUAAAAUUUGUGAUUCUGGCUCGGGAACCCCGGUACUGUGGUAGUGGUGGUGGUGGUGGUGGUUUCUGAUUUCUGGCCGUGCAGUACAAGAGUGUGGUUUUCAGCACCUGGCAGGAGUCUCUCUUUCCAAGGGAUGCUCAAACAGAGAGUUUCCUGCAUCUGCAAUUCGAACUAGAAUCUGCACUAACCAGAACACUCCUUUUGGUUUAGAAUUGUGUGUCUUCAUUCUGCUUUCUAGCCUAUCUUCCAUCCUCCCACCCUCCCUCAUUAACAACACUCUCAAAUGUUUUUGGACAAAAAAGGCAUUGAUGGAGUAUAUUAUUGGGUGGUGGUGGGGAACCUUACUUUUUGGAGCGGGGAUUAAGAGCAGGAUAGCUAGCUAAAAGUUGGCUCUGAAGGAGACACCUGAUCUCAUUGCGUGUGUGGACCAGGCAUUUAUUCUAGCUGCGCUCAGGUUGGUUGCUCCAAGCUGGAGGUGGUGGCAAGAUACCUUUUCUUCCGGAUUUAAACAAAGUCCUACGAUCUGUGUGGGAGUUCAGCAAAGGGGAACACAUUUUAGUAUCUUGUUGCAUGGCUGCCAUUUAUAGAUCCAAAGAAACCCCAGAAAAGGUUGGCCUGGUUCCUGGUUCCAUUGAAAAAGAGUAAUCUUUGGUGUGCACACGCAUGCAAAGAAUUGUGAGUGUCAAACUGCACAUGAUCUGCAAAUGCAUGCCACAAAACCAAUAGCUGGUUCUUCAAAGGAAAAACGGCUGGAUAUAUAUAUAUAUAUAAAACAUUAUUUUAGGCAUUUGUUUGCUGCAUUAUAACCUUGCUUACCAUUUCCCCAUUGCAACUCUCUUCCCCCCAACCCAAAACACAAACACACACUAGUCACUACUCUUCCGUCCUCCUCAGGUGCUAGGUGUGGGUUUAAAUAGGUGGAACACAUUUGGAAACCUGUGGAGCAAGGAAGGAAUAGGACACUGGCUUGGGCAGAGGUAACCGCCACUGAAAAAUGGCAGAUGGGGAAACCACCAAACAACCCCUUCCCUCCUUAUUAUCUCCCUUUCCCAGAACUGCUUAUCUUGAGAAGAAGCUUUUAUUUCACAUGUUUAUGUGUAAUUUGACUUUGGAGGGCCUUGCACUCCUUUUUUUUUUUUGCUUUUGCAAGUUGACAGUGUGGCAGAGGGUCUGUCCCAUAGCCCCCAUAAUGGCUGUGUGGUCCAGGGGAGUACCAGUCAGGAUACUGAGCGGUGUGCUUCAUGCGCCUCCUCUCAGUGCUCAGUGCUAAAAACAAAAGGCACCAGAGCUUUAAUCCUGGAAGCGUAAACUGGGAGCCCCCUCUGUGUCAGGUGGGACCGUACAACACAUGCUUCGCAAAGAGGAAGCCCCAAGUUCAAUCUGUGGCAUCUUCAGAUAAACAGAACCAGGCAGCUGAUAGGCCUAUGCAAAUUGUUUAACAUUUUCUUGAGCAGUUGGUCAUUUUCAUUAUUGUUCUGUAGCACUUACAGUGUUGGUUGGUUUGUUUUAAAAAUUAUUAUAAUGUUGUACACCAUCCUCCUGAUCUCCUGUGAAAGGGCAGUGUAGAAAUACUUCUGUGAAUAGGUGGAUAGCAGGUGAUGGGAAGAAUGUUUGCCACAACCCAGAGCAUUUUUCUACCUGAGGCAGAACAGGUAGAAAAAGCCCCUCCCACAAGCCAGGGUGCAUAGGACCCCGGGGAGUAAGUAAUAAAUAAGCAAUAUAAAAUAAAUAAGAGUUUUCUGCUCUUUCGUGGCAACCAAGAUCAGUUGCCUCCACCCUGACUCAUGGUAGAGCCGGCCUUCUGCUGAAACCCUGGAAAGCUGCUCAAAUAUCUCUGGGCUAGAUGGGCAAAUGAGCUGGCUUGGCAUAAGGCAGGCUCCUGUAAUCCCAGGUGUGUGAGGGCUAGAAUGGAUUGUGAAGUCUCCUCCGAUAGGGAAAGGCACUGCACUUAUUCAGCAGGGUGGUUCGUAGGUAAUUUUUUCAGCUUCUUAUUUUCUCCAUGGAAACCAUUCCCCUGGUACACAAAUGUCUGCAGAAACAUAAUCAUGGCAAUCAGUGGUGCCCAGCAGCAAUUUCUGAGAUCAAGGUGACGUUUUCUGAAUGAUGUGAUUCCCCCCCUCCCUCCGCACAUUCAAAAAGUGGGAUCAACUGUGCUUUUUAAUGGAAAGUUACCAGUUCUUCAUGUAUUUCAAUCUAAGACAUUCUUCACUCUUCAGUAAAAAGGUAAAGGUGAAGGGACUCCUGACAAUUAAGUCCAGUCGUGAACGACUCUGGGGUUGUGGCAUAACCACUAAACACAGGAACAGCUCUGCAAUGGUAAUAUUUACACACACAAAAUUACAGAGACAAGAAAUUAGAAAGUCAGUAUAUAAAAUCAUAUCAUAAAUAUUGCUAAUAAUAAUAUCUGUCAUAAAAGUGACUUUAAAAAAUAAGUAUACUUGCUUGGAAAGAAUAGAUGCACUAAUGUCUGCCGCAUAAGUAAGGACAACGAUGAUAAGUAAUGAGUUUAAACAUUUUCCUACAUUCUCUAUUUUAAAAGCCAUACAAAAGCCCAGUCCUCAGCUAGGAAGAAGCUGAAUUUAAGUCUGGCAUUUAAUUUUCUUAAUGCAGGGGGUGCCAACAUGGAGCCUUCCAGAGAUGAUGCUGAACUGCAAUUCCCAUCAUCCUUGGCUGUUGGCCAUGCUGGCUGAGCCUGAUGGGAGCUGGAGCCCAACAAUAUCUGAAGGGCAUUAUAUUGGCUCCUCUGGACCUAAAGAGAUAAAGAACAGCCUGUUACAUCUUAGUCAUACACGGAACCACUACUUUAAACUUUCUAUAACUUCCCUGACCAUAAAAAUUGCUGCAGAAUUAUAGUCAUACCAUGGUUUAAGUACGCUUUGGUUUGAGUACUUUCAGUUUAAGUACUCCGUGGACCGUCUGGAACGGAUUAAUCCACUUUCCAUUACUUUCAAUGGGAAAGUUCGCUUCAGGUUAAGUACAGACUUCCAGAACCAAUUGUGUACUUAAACCGAGGUACCACUGUAUAUAUGUACCGAGUUCCUGGCUUACACAGUAUAUCGCUGGGCAGGCCGUCCCAAGACAUUCUGCUACCUGAGGCGGAGCAGUCCCCCCAGGUGCUGAGUACCUAAAGCCAGCCAAGUUAUUUUAGCACCCGAGGCCGAAAAUUCCAUGAGCACCUCUCUGCUGCUAUUCCCUCACACUGUAAUAAUAGAUUAGAUAAGUAGCAAUUUGCUGACCUUCCAUGACACCCAAAAUCAACUGCCUGAGAGGGCUGCCUCACUCUGCCUAAUGGUAGGGCUGGCCAUACCUGACGCUAGUAAGAGAGAAGACUUGGUCACUUUUAGAAAUGGAGGCAGUUCACACACUGAGCAGUGAACCCCUUUGAGCAAUCCUUGAAAGUUUACUUUGACCCGUUGAAAACCACCACUGUUUGAGGUAGAAUUAGAUGAAAGACGGAGAUCUGCCUCUGGUGUUUGAUGUGAGACGAUGGCUUUUCCACCAACGCUAAGACAGCAUUUGUGCAAUUACUGAGUGCUGUGUGUGUGCAUGCAUGCAUGUGUGAACUUGCCCCAAAGCAGGGCAUAAUCUGACCAGGGUUCAGCUCCUGUGAAAUGUUGCAUAGUGUCUAAGAGACGGUGUUGUGCACUAAGAGCUCCUCAGUUCCAGUCUAGAAUUCUGUAGGUGAUUUUAGGUAAGCUGCUCUCUCUUGGCCUCACCUGUAAAUGGGGAUAAUAACUCGCCGAGUUUUUCCUAAGGAUUGGUGAUGUUGAGUAUAUGAAGCACCUGGAGUCUGCUAAAAACACUACAUAUGAAUGCUAAAUCUGAUGAUGACCUAGUGCAGAAUGUAUUUCCUUGUCGGAAGGGCUGUAGCAUAGUGGCAGAACAUCUGCUUUGCUUGGGAAAGGUUCCAGGUUCAGUUCCUGGUAUCUCUAGGUAGGGCUGGGAGACAAUGCUGUCUGAAAUCCUGGAGUGCCAGUGAGAGUCAGUGUAGACAACCCUGAGAUGGAUGGACCAAUCGUCUGCGUUCAGGGUACGGCAGCUCCCUAUGCUCCCUUUCCACUGAGUAAUCCUAACUAGGUUGCUAUACAUUGAUUACAUUAAUCUUACACCUCCUCCCAGAAGCUUAUAGUGGGUUUAUGUGGUCCUCCCCAUUUUAUUCACAAAGCAAGCCUGUUAAGCUGAGAUACUGUCGCAGUGAGCUUCAUGGCUGAGUUCAGAUUUGAAUAUUUUUCUCUGAUAGGGCCAGUCCUACCAUUACAUAGAGUGAGUCGGGUUGCCUCAGGUGGCAAUGUAGAAUGACCUGGUUCAGGGUUCCAGCUAGCCAGCCAAAUCUGUUCCAUUCUCACCUCGCAUUUUCCCCCUUCCCCACCCCGUCAAUCAGUAUUUUGUGCCCACUGAGCGUGCCCAGUGUUCAGUUGAGCGGUUUUGGGAUCUCCCAUCUUAGGAUUUUUUAAACAGAAGGUUUUCUCCCCCUUUGUACUUCUGCAAACCUUGGGCUUGCCCCAAGUCUGCUGAUAAUUCUCCUUUGUGCAUGGAUAGUGCUUCUUUUAAUUGCAGAAAGAUCCACACUUUGAGAAGGAGUUUGGGUUUGUCAUUAGUACAUAGGAUGGGGAUGCGGAGACUCCAAUUUGCGUUUAUGAGAAAGAGAGAGAAAAGAUAAAUACUCCACCAGGAAUAUUUCUGGAGGAGGACGGCUUUCUGUUUUUUUGCCAGCCACUGUUCUCCCUGGAACCAUCUGCCUUGCACACCCUCCAGGACAUCGAGCCAAGAAGGGGCCUCCCCACACUCCUUCCUGCCUCCUGCCAGUGUCUGCGUGGGAAGGGGGGGGGGGUUUGCCUCUUCCUGUCGGGGAUGUAGAACUUCUCCCUCAAGCUUGGCUGGCUCCGAGUCUCUACUUUCCUGCCUCUCUUCCAGAAAGUGGCAAAAAGCUCCUGGGGGUGCGAUGGAGGAAUGUAAAACAGACAUACUUUCCACUAUUCUACAAAGUGCCGUGCGGCGAAAAACUUGAACUAAGGCCUGGUAAGGGCUAGUCCCUGAAAAGUAGCCAGGUUGCCAAUUUGAGCCUUGCUUGUGGGAAGAGGGCUGGGGCCGGUCCUAUUAUGAGACGCGCUGAGUCACUUGUCUCAGGUGUCAGAUUGAAGGGGGCAGUGGAAUGAAUACCACCCCCCACUGCCUUGCUAAGCCACCCCCAUCCCCGGCUGCUAGAAUAGGUUUGCCCCCUUGCAGCCGCUGCUUGAGCUCUCGUUUCCUGCAGCUGCCUUGGCUAGACGUUUUGACACAGUGCCGUGAGGCUUGGGACACCUUCGCUGCUGUGCUUGCAGAACCUGAGCCGGUUGAAGAAUGCGUGCAGAGUACGCUGGCCGCCUUGUACCCCCCCUUCGAAGCCACUGCCCCCACCCUGCUGAGCCAGGUCUUCGAGGUGCUGGAGCGGACGUACCAGCACGACGCCCUGCGCUACACCCUCGACUUCCUUGUUCCUGCCAAGCACAUCCUGGCUCGCAUCCAGAGUGAAGCCUGUGCUCAGUAUAGUGGCUUUGUGUUCUGCCACGAGGGUUGGCCACUGUGCCUCCGCGAGAAGGUCCUAGUGCAGCUGGGCUCAUUGCCUUGGCAGCACCUCUGCCCCGGCGAUUUCUACCUGCAAGUGGUGCCUCACCGGGAGUGCUCUCCGCGUCUGGUGCUGAAAUGUCUGUCCCCAGAGGGCCGUGGUGUCCAGGAGCUGCCCGUGUCCUCUGACUCCUACCCCUUCCUUUUCACCGUCGAGUGGCUCAAUGGCAUCAACAAGGAACGUCGAGCGGGGCGCCUGGAGCGUUGCCUCCUGGCUGCUGGAGAGAAGGUGCUGAGCCUGCCCUGGCCGGAACUGGUCUAUCCCCAGUUUGUGCACAAGGACGGGUUCAUUGUGGGCCAGCGGUGCCCUGCGGAUUUGCCUCCUGAGGUCCUGGGGGCCCGGAGCCCUGGAGACGGGCGUCAUUCUGGUGGCGAGAACCGGGAGUCCGAGGGGGAAUACGUUCACCUCCUGGAGGUCAGCCCCACCCUGCACCAAGCCCCCAGGAUCCCACAGCCUUGCGGUACCCAAAUUCAGACAAUGCCUACUCGCAAGGGGCACAAUAAGAGCAGGAGCCGGCGCCAUCGGGCCUGGCUCCACCACAAGUCUGGGUGUGGGGAGAACUUUGCCUUGCGCCAGGCCUGUAAAACCCAGGAGACGGAGAGGUGCAGCCGAGAAAGCAGCACUCGGGGGGAUAGGGUUGAGCAGCAGAGAGGAAAUCCUAGCCUAGUCCUGGGUCUAGCAUCAGAAGCCUCUCAGGAAGUAGCAAACUUGAGUCCUGGGCAACAAGAGCAAAACCAGAGCCCCUCUGGAACUGAGGCACGGACAGCCAUUUUUGGUGUUGUUGCUAUUGCUGCUGCUGCCGCCACUGAGGACACAGGAGAAGGGAAAUCUGAGGUGCCAGGAACUGUCCACCACGAUCCUGCUUGUUCCAAGGAGGACAGCAAUGAGAACCACUCUCCAUCUGCAGCCACACCAAAACGCACCGCCAAGGGAAACCGCAGGAAGAAAAAAGGGGCCGGGAGAGGAGGCGGCGGUCGAAUUAGACAGGGGGUCGAUUCGGCUUGCAAAGAAGAAGAAGCUUCUACCCAUAUAAAAGAGACCAGGAAAGAAGAAAUUUCUGUUGGUACAAGGGAACAGGAUUCGAGGAAUGCAGAAGCUGUAAUUAGCACCCAAGAGCAAGCAGCUAGCAUCGAGGACUGCUGUGUCAGCAUCGCAGUUUGCAACAGCACCCAGGAGAGAAGUAGCGUCCCUGGGGAUCGUAGCCUUGUCGCCGGAGAGGAGGUUGUCAGUGCCAGUGAGUUGGCUCCUGGCACGGGAGAAUGUACUGUUGACACCAGGGAGCUGGAGGGUGAUGCAGAAAAGUGCUGUCUUUCUGUCGGCGAUGGUGGCAUUGGCACCAGUGGAAGGGGCAUUGGCAGAGAAGGCCCGGGCCUUUGUGCUGAAGAUCCAGCUGCUUCUGCUGAGGCUGACGGACCUGCAGUUGGCAGAGAGGAGCAGAGCAUCAGCACCCCAGGGCAAGGGGUGGAUGCUACUGAAGGGCCUUGUAUGGGAGAACAGAGCCUCCCCAUUAGCACCGAAGAAGCGACGUUGAUCCCAUUGCCAAAGAAGAAGGAGCCAAGUGCUGAUGGGAGAGGGGAAGCCCUAAGUACUGCAGCUGAUCAGAAUGCAGAGGAAACACAGAAUUCCCCUCACCCUGCUGCAGUUCAUCUCGGGCAGGCUGUAGACUGGGCACUUGUGCUGUCGGGUUUCUUUGCUCUAACAGGAGGAAUGGACAGGUCAGGACGCCCCUUGCUGAUUGUGGUGCCUCAGCCUCUUCGGGAUGAGCUGCCACCAGGACAAACGAAUCUAGUCAAUACCAUGAGAUACCUGUACUCCCUUCUCAGGCAAGAGCUGAAGGCCCGUGGGUUGACAGUAUUGUUGGACCUGAGCCAGGUGGAUGACUGGGCCCUCCAGGCCCCUGUUCUGCUGCCGGCCAUUAGGACGUUCCAGGAGAGUUCUCCAGCCCCCAUCCGUCAACUGCUGGUGAUAUUGCCACCUGAUGACCGUUUUGUACCCCAUGAAGAGGAGCUGGCUUUGGAACCUGCUGCGGAGGUAAGAGUUCUCUCUCUUCCUGAACUUCUACAUUAUGUGGCUUUGGACCAGCUGACUCCGACACUAGGAGGGACCCUUAACUACUCACCACGCAAAUGGGUUGAGGAACACCAGGCUCUUGAACAACUGCAGUCACUCUGUCGUAGUGUCCUACAGGCUGUGUGCGAGGCCAGUGCCCACCUUGAAGCAGUGGGAACAGCGUCAAGUCAAGAGGAACUGUCGGCCCAGAUCACCUUGCACCAAGAGACCAUGCAGAAGCUCCUCUCAGAGCCGCGCCUGCUGGAGCUCCAGCGCCGUGGGGGGGCCUUGCUGGCACGGCUGCCCCCCCUGGGGUCCUGCAGUACAGAGGCUGUGGCUGCCACCAGGCUCUACCAAGAGGUGGAUGAGGCCCUUCAUGGGCUGGUCCAGCUCAGCAACCAGCGCCUGGAGGUGCUGCAACAGGAACGGGAAAACGCACAGGUUCAGGAACGAGCUCUGGAAAACAAGGCCCACCUUGAAUCUACUGGCAACUGUGUGGAAGAGAAAAGGGAAGCAAAGAGGCCUGUCGAAGGGUUGGCUGAGGGGACAUCACUGGAGAGGACACUUCUGCAGAGCCCCAAGUCCCCAGGGAGGAUACAGCCCGUGCCAGAAGCUGGCUGUGCCCCACGGCCCCGUGCCUGCAGCAUCAGUGCCGCCUCCUCACCCAAGCACGGCUGGGGCCUGGGGUCCAGAUUUGGCUCCUCUUGCAGCCUGACCUCCCUCUUCCAGCCGCACCCCAGCCCCAAGGCCUCCCCUUGCUGUUCUCCCACUCGAAGCAGCGUCCUGGAGAGUGGCAGGAAGAGGCAGGGCCUUCCCAGCAGCCCUAAAUCAUCUUUGUCCCCCGUCUCCCAGCUGGCUUUGCGGGCCUUGAGUGACCCUGGCCGCCCCAGCGUGCACAUCCGCGGCCUGGAGGUGAGCAGCCGCGAGGUGGCAGAUAGGAGCUGUUCUCCCCGUGAGCAUGUGCUGCUGAGCCGUAGCGGGACCCACGUUGCGGAAGCACCUUGGGGGGCCACACCUCGCACGGAAAGAAGGCGCUGCCUUGGGGUCCAACAGCAACUUCUGGCUGAGCUGCUGGAGUGUGAGCGAGAGUAUUUGACGGCCCUUGCCCAGCCCCUCUCUCUGUCCCAAGAACCUGGGGGUCAGGCCUGGCCUGCCGAACUGAGGUGCUUGGGCAGUGCUCUCCGGGCCCUGCGGGACCAGUUGCUGGCUUUCCAUACCAGCUACUUCCUUGGCGAGUUGGAGGGCUGCAUGAACCACCCGUCACGUGCUGGGGGGUGCUUCCUGCGACAUGGAGAGAAGCUUCAACUUUAUGCCACGUAUGCCAAAGAACACCAUAAGUUCCAGGCUGCCCUGGCUUUGCUUCGAACCACCAGCAAGAAGAGCCCGGCAGAGCUGCGCGAGGACGGGCAAACGGCGCACACGUUGCGUGUGCCCCUGGAGCAGCUGGAGCGGUAUCGGCGCUUCCUGGGUGAGCUGCUGCGCGAAUGUGAGCUGGAGCGGGGGCCUGACCGCCAAGCCCUGCAGGAGGCCCAGCAGCUGCUGGAGGCCCAGGAGCAGCGAGGCAGGGACCUGCUGGCCGCAGAGCAGAUCCGGGGCUGCGAGACGAAACUAUCGGAACAAGGGCCGCUGCUGCAGCGAGGCGAGCUCACCGUGGUGUGUGGGCGUCGUAAGUGCCAGCGGCAUGUCUUCCUCUUUGAGCGGCUGCUACUCUUCACCAAGUGCAAGGGACCCGAGGGCAGCUAUGUCUGCAAACAGGCCUUGCAGACAGCAUCCAUGGGGCUGACAGAGAGUGUGGGGCCUAGUGGGCUACGCUUUGAGCUAUGGUUUGGACGUGGACCAGGUCGACAGGCCUACACAUUGCAGGCAGCCUCUGCUGAAGUCAAGCAUCAAUGGACAAAUGUUAUAGCACAACUGCUAUGGAGACAGGCUGCCCAUCCGUCUGUCUCGAUGAGCAUAUCCUCCUGCCCUGCCCAGCGCCUGGCCCCUCUCGGCCUUGGUCCAGGGGCCCCUCCUGGGCUGUCGUUACCCGGCCACUUUGAGGAAGAGGAAUGGGACCUGGAUGUCAAGCCCAUCCCAAGGGCCGAGACGUCCGAGUCUGAUGGACCCUCCCCAAGCCACCAAGAGCUACCUAGGCAAGGAAGAGGAUCGUUGCCUGGCAGCAGCACUGCUUUGGGGCACCCCCAGUCGAGCUCUGGCGUUGCCGACGAACCAGUGACCCCACUCUGAGGCCAUGGCGGCCAGCAUUGGGUGUGGAGUCUACACCGGAAGCUGUUCUCCCCAGGCAGCCAUGGAAGACAGGACUCAAACCCCAGGAACUCUGGGAACAGAACUGUCUGAGCCCCACCAAACCUUGGAGAUGGGGCAUGAAUGGGCACCAAUGUCAAGCAGUCCUAUCACCUGCUCCCACCAAGACUCCUGAUGGCUGUCCCAUGCACCCCCCUCUGCUACCAUCCCACAGGAACACCCAGACAUGGGCUGCAAUCUACCUUGAGAUGGCUCUGUCCUAUCCCUGGCAGUACCCAUCCAGUGCCUUUUCCACCAUUUUUUCCGGCUGCAAAAUAGUGGAGAUUCUUGACCAAGAUAAUGUGGUUGGUAGUGAAAUGGUUAUGUAUUAGGCAAGGAAGGCCAAACCAAUGAGCUCUGGGCUGACGCAAACUAAAGUGCAGACUAGGAGGAAACGCAGUGGAGUCACUGAUCAAGUGGGGUGGUUUCCAGACAGUGUUGAACUGCUCAUUUGCCUGGUGCCCUACCUCUGAUCACAGCUUCAGUCUCUUGCCCAAUUGGUAUUCUGAUCAUUUUGAUGGGAGAUGGAAGGAAGAAUCUGGGCUGCAGUUGCUAGGCAACUACAGUAUGCACUCCCCAAACUAUGUCCAGGUUAGCCCAAGAGGAAAAGGAGAAGAAAGGUGGGUCUGGAUUGCAUGGUGAAUUACUAUAGGACACAAAACCACCUUCAUCCAGAGAGGGAGUUCAGAGGCAGCCCCAGCCGAGAGGAAAGGCAUGAUACAGCAAUAUACAUAAUGUUGUGGAGGUUCACAUAAUAGAGCUCUCCUACGACUAUACCACUUUAGAUCACAGAUGGGUAGUGUGUUUGCAUACCCCCACAUAAAAAACAACAACUAGUAUGCCAAGAAGGGCUCAAACUUAGUCAUCUCCCUGGUGUGCUGUUUUCUUAAAAUAUGUAGAGAGUUUUGACAAGUAAGAAUACUUGGUCAAGUUUACUUCCCACACUCAUGUGUUUGCAGUCUGAGAACACAGAAUCCAAGGAGGGCUGUAUCAUGAUUCUGCUGCACCUGGGGAAGUUUUUCCCUCCUUUGAUUGCUUUUGUUUGUUUUUGAGAUGAUAAGUCUCUGCACACAGUAAUGCUACCACAUUGUUAUGAAUACAGUAAGCCCACAACUUAUGUGGGGGUUACAUUCCAGGGAUCGCAUUUAAAGCCAAAGUCAUGUAUAGUCAAAACACAUUUGAGUGCAAUGGUGGGUGGAAUUGCCAAAGUUUUUUUCCUGGAUGCCUAACCUCUUUCCGCCUCCCUUUAAUUUUUUUAAAAAAAUUAUUACCAAGUGUGUGAAGCUGAAUGCGCACAAGUUAAAUGUGGUUAAGUUGCAGGCUUACUGUAUGAGGGAAAAGUGAAAAAACAACAACAGGGGCUGUGAAAGAGUGUUUUGCCUCUCUUUGGAUUACUUGUUGGAGGUCUGCAAACACCCUUCUGCAAUGUCUGUGACAUUUGGAAUCUGACUUGUAGGAACUGAUCUCUAACAAAUGGUGCUAUAUUUUGUGUUAGGUGGCUGAAUAUGUGGUGUUUUUGUUCAUUCAGACUCUUCUAUUGGAUACAAAUGGCCUACCUUUGGUCUGAUUUUGGUAACUUGAGUUGCUCAGCCAACUUGUUCUUUAUGGCAGGUCUUGUGCUGGAUUUAAACCGGGGGCCUCUUAUAUAGAAAUCACACACUCCUCCUGCCCACAUGAAAAAGGGUUAGUAAACUCACUUGGGUGUAUAGAGACUAAGUUAGUGGCACUUAGUUCCCAUUGAAAUCAGGAGUCAUAACCAACUUUUCACGUUGAUUUCAACAGUGACUAAGUGCAAAACUACCCUGUGAGCUUCAGAUGAAGGGCAGUAUAGAAAUUUACUGUAAUAAAUAAUAAUUAUGAUACUAAGGUAGCCUCAAUCCAACUAACUGUGUGUGGACUAUACUGCUUCAAAAACAAUCAUUAAUAGGGAACCAGAAAAAAUGCAGAAGCAGUAGUAAUAAUGGAAGACAUGUUUGUAAGGUCAGAAUGGUGCAUAGGCCAGGCAAAGUUCUUCAGAUUUGUAAGGAAACAUAGGAAUUCUUUCACACAGAACACUGAAAGUGGCUGCUAACUACAACCUCUUCAAAUACUGGCCUACCAAUCCUCAUCAGCCCCAUGUAUGUCAAGAGCACUGAUAUAUAUGCCUUUGUCCAACUUGCCACUAUAGAGCUGUGGCUCUACAACCCUCCCUCCAGUUGGAUUGGAAUGAAUGUCUCAAUUUACAACCACUUUUUGAUGAGGCUGGUGCUAGCUUGUGCUUUGACCUAACCACUAAAGUAAAAUAUAAUGCAGAAAAGCAGCUUCAAAUAUGCAAAGCAGGCACAAAUGAGACUUAGUUCUUGAAAGAGAGUAUGUACGGUAGUAAAUCUGUGUCUGGGGUGUACAGUGGUACCUCGGGUUACAGACACUUCAGUUCUUAACCUGAGGUACCACUGUACCACUUGACCAACUAGACAUGAUGAAUGUUCCAUGUGUUUAAACACGGAACUGCUCCUGUUAUGUAUGAAAAGGUGUACAUGUUGAAUUUAACCGCAAAAGUGAUCAAUGGGUAAGAAGUGCAGAACCCACCCCUGACUGUGGUUUAUCUCCCUGAAUGCUUGGCAGUCCUAACCCAUUCACUCCUUUUGCUGUUGAAAUCAUGCACUUCUCACGUUACUGGGCAGCUUCAUGUUUGUACACGGCACUGUCAUCAUCAUAUGUAGUGUCUGGAUUCACAUGACUGCUAUUCCAUGCUAACAUUCCCUGCACACAGAAAACCUGUCAUGACAGGCAUUCUGAGAAACUAGUUCUCAAAGCACAGGGAAUUGUAUUUGGAUGAGCAUUUAGUCACAUGAGCACCUGCCUGCACCAGUCUCUGAAGCAGUACAAUCCAUACAUAAGUUUAGCACACCUGCUAUAUGUGAAGUCUAGCUACUGUAAACUGAUGUGGAUUCAAAAUUCAGGGUAUCUUGGUAGGGGACUGUUUUCACAAUUAGAAGCAUUUUCUGUGUGUGUUCAAAAUCAGAGCUCCAGCCCUGAGUUUUGUGGCAUCUGCAGCUCUUUACAGGUGCUGGCUUCAAAUUACCAACAUUGUUUUUAGUGUUAUGAAAUGGAAAAGGUGAGGAAGGGCCAACAGUAAGUUGGAUUUGAGGUUGGUCCUGGGGAAGGUAGAAGCCCAAGUAAAGGAGAAAGUACGGGUACUGCAAGUAUUCCCAUUAAAAGGGUUCUCCAAAUGGCUGCUCUGCUGGCUGGGAAGAUAUGGUGUUCUAGCUAUGCUGGAUCAAAGAAGUAAAAAUUGUGCAAGCUGCACAGAUUGGUUCUUCAGGCACAGGUGUUCAUAGGAAAAUUAAAAUACGAUGGGAACAAACUAAUUUUUAACCCAUUCGAAGAGUGAUUUUUAGCUACUGUUGCCCAUGAACCUAAGCCAUAUAAGGUACUAAGCAAACCCCUUGGGUCUCUGUAAAUUAAUGGUUACCUUUGCCAAACAUGUAAUCUUGUCAAAAUAAUCAGUCAGGUUUGUCUAACAAGACCUUAUUUUAUAAAAAGCAUGCUGAACUGUA